GGAGGAAGUCUACCAAUAAAACGGCAAGAGAUGUCACGCCGCCCAAUCAUCUUCCUUAGCUUGCAAAAAAAAAAAAGUUGGUUUAAAAAAAGGGCAAUAGAGGAAAGCCCAUUACCCUUUUUUUUGUAUAGUGUGAAGCCUAUUUUAAAACACUAUUCACCUUUGUCACAUUUCUUUGCACUAAGAAACAGUGCUGCAUACAAUCAAUACCAAAAUUCAUUAGCAACAUUCAGCAAAAGAUAUAAUGAACAAUGUUUCAACCCAUGAACUUUCCACACCUUUAACAGCCACUGAAAAAGUAACAGCGUCACCUAUGUUUGAACUGUCUGGACUUCAUGGACGAAUCACGUUGGACAAUGUGUAUCUAAAUGGGUUACAUGCGCUUAGACGUUUAGACAUUCGUAAUUUAUCCGAUCAAUCUAUACUUGUAAAAAUGCGCUCGAAUUUAAGAAAUCAGAUUGCCUUUCAACUGGAGAAUGAAAAUAUCUCCAACCUUCCGGAAUCGAGCCUUGAAAAUGCUAUUACGACAAAUACGGUGAGCUGGUCCCGUCAAGCUGACGAAUAUCCAUUUAAUCAGUUAUUUAAUUACAUUAAUCAUAUCGACCAAAUCGAAUUGAAUCCUGGUCAAUGUCGUUCAUUUAUACUGGCCUUUUUACCAGAAACAGCCCACCCCGAUGAUACUGAAAAAAAUGAAGAAGAUUUUGAUAUUACGGUUGCAGAUGAUACUGAAACCUUUAGUAUGUUCAAUGUUACCGGUAGUCUAUUUUUCUUUGGAUAUUACAAGGCGAAUAGUGCAUCUAUAUCUAAUAACAACUCGAUGGAUGAAGGGAAUCGAGAUGUUUUAUCCACUUCAAGUCUAGCAGAUUACCAAGUCUCUAUAAAAUUCAGAGCUAGUGUAUGCCAAUCUGCAUUAUGGACGGAUGUUGCAGAAACGGGACUGAAUUUUGAUGAUUGUGUGCUGGGCGAAACUUAUUACAAGGAUUUUGUUAUACAGAAUAGGUCCGAAAUAGAUCUUUACUGGUUAUUGAAUACAAUGGAUCUUUCCACCGGUAUGGAUGCUUUGCAAUUUAUUGAUGCAGAUACAGGCGAUGCGUUAGACAUCGAUCUUCCUAUAUCCAGCUAUUCAAGCAAGCAAGUCCGUAUGCUGUUUAUGCCCAAAGAAGUAGGCGAAUUUAAUUAUGAUUUACAAGUUGAAAACGCAAAUGACGCUCGUAACGUCGUACAAACAAAAGUGCAUGCAACAGUUCGAUCUGUUUUAAGAAAAGAAACCCUGAUCGUCAGCAGUGGUAACGUGGUUGAUUUUGGCGAUUGUAUUUCAGGUGCUUGGACUGUACAACAAAUUGUUCUAAAUAAUGUGAGCGAAGCCUCUGUCGAAAUUCGGUUUUUACCGGAAGGUGCGGAACUGAUAUUUGAUAUCAAACAAGAUACUUCCGUCGUCGAACUAGCUGAACGUGUGGAUACCCGCUUGAAUCCCAUGCGACGCAAAUUCAGCAAUAAUAGCGCGAGUCGUACGAAUGGCUUUAACACACCUGCAACCACUUUAACUGGAUUUAGUGAAGUAUCUGGUCCAAACAGCGAACUUAGUUCAAGAUCAACGUCUCCUACACCACGUAUUGGUGAUAUCGACAGUUUCUUUUCUCCACUUUUAGCAGAUUCACCUACUGUAUCUCGUAAUCAAUUUACAUCUCAACCUACAAUUCCUGAAGAUUCAGAUUCAGAAAUCGGGUUAGGCUUGUUAAGUGUGGAUGGAAAUGCAUUUACAGAAACAAGCUCUGUAGCCGAAAGUAUCCAUGGCGGAUCUUUAAGCAAUGCCCCAGCAGCCGCAUUGAGUACUACCGAAAGUUAUACUCGCAUUGAGGAUUUUGUGCUUAAACCAGGUACCGAACGAGUCAUUCAAGUGUCGUAUAAACCUCAAAAAGAUGUCUCUAUCAAUGACUUCAAUGCUGGCCAGUUAAUUCGUCGGAAUUUUAGAAUCUGCCUCGAGUAUGGUUCGUUCAGGACUGAAGAGCCAAAGGAGAGAAAGGUGAUCCAAUGUAGAGCAAGAACCUGCACUUCUUUUGUUGAGGCAAUUCCUAAAGUGAUUAAUUUUGGUGAUACGGAUGUCGGUACAUUAAAAUCUCUACCUAUCAAUAUCUUUAAUCGCUCAGAUAUCAUGGCACGUGUCGAAUUACAAUUUAGCUCAAAAGUCUUAAAUUGUUUAAGAGGUGAAAUCACGAUACAGCCUAGAAGCUAUGUCGAACUUAAACUGGAUCUUUAUCCCCGAAAAGUAAACCCAGACUAUCGAAAGCAAAUUACGCUGGUCAACUUUUUGAAUAAGGAUAAUGACCAGAUUAUAGAAGUACACAGUACAAAUAUUGAUAAGAAUAGAGUCACCUUCCAUUCAUUGUUUUAUCGUAUUUUGACAGCAACAGGUGCGAAUUUCUUGGAUUUCGGGUCCAUCGCCUUAAACUCACCUUCGUUACGUACUUUUACUGUCGAGAAUAUCCGGGAUAAACCUUUGUCAUUGGAAAUCACCACCUCAUUACCCGAAGAUAUUGUCAUCUAUACAAGGAAUAAGAAAAAGGUGAUAGAGGCUGGAUUGCCGUCAUCCGGUUCCAUGAACCCGACCACAGCCUUAGCUGCUUAUUCAGCCCUCACCUCCGCUCAUGCUUCUACAUCUAAGCUUUCCAAUUCGAUUACGGCAGAGGCCAUUGAAAAGGGGGACACUCUUUCAAGUCUAUCCACUGCAAAUCUAUCUCCGCCUCAUGUAGGAAGACGUCGUUCUAAGAUGCUUUUGGAGUCUAUCAGUAAUCGUCGUAUAGCCAAACCAACUAACAUAACUGAUCCUGCCAAACCGAUCUCUGAAUCGGAAGCCACCAAUUUGCGCAGAACCUCUGAUGCCAAAAAGGAUUUGAUUGUUGCCCGAAGAUUCCGAAGUUCGUUACAACAAUUAAAGUUGGACCAAGCACAUUCUUCCACCGCCUAUUUGGAUUUGGCAUUACCUCCUUUGCAAUCCUUAAAAUCAUACCGACGAAAGAUGAUUCAAGUAAACUCAGAUCCUAACUUUUUAAAGAAUCAUCGCAAGAAGACUCAUGGUAGACAUCAUUUAAAGAUUUCUACACCUACGAUUAAUACAAAUGUACCUUACAAGAAACGGGUUGAUACCUCUCGCAUAAAUAAUCACAGCCGGCAUAAUAACUACGGUACACGUAGUGCCAAAACCAAGAGAUCUUUAGGUAUUACAGCAGCGCGAUACAAAUCUCGUAAAAAUCUGGAUUGGUCGGAUAUUGCGGGUAAGACGCGUGUUCCAUUUGAAGAUCUGAUUUCGGUGCUUGAGCAUGGGUCGAAGGCGGCACCUCCAUUAUUUCCCAAACAAUCUGCCGAAGAGCAAUUUGUACGUUAUCAAUUAGCUUGGCGUCGUGAAUUGGAUCGAUUGGUGGAAAAGGGAGUGCUUGUACGAACCUCGAUUGUGGAUGUAGAUCCCAAAGGAGAAGAAGAAGUCGUGAUUGUGAUCACGCCAUGUGGUUCUACCAAACCACAUAUCCAAUCCGCGCCGAAAAAACAAGACGCCCGUAUCUUUUUAAGAUUGAUUCAAUUUGAUCGAGAUAUUGAACAGACCGAAUUUGAAAAUUUGUUGGAUCUUAGUCAAACGGAUAUACCCGUGCGUGAAAUAAUUUUGCGUUCCCAGUUGUGUCGCUCGGUGAUGGAUUUGGGACAGAAAAAUAUUAAUUUUGGGUUGGUGGAGCGAAAUGAACGUCAUGCAAAAACCAUUAUAUUGCAUAAUCGUAGUGAAACUCCGCUUCUUUACGCUAUCCGAAAAUCAGGGUCCAUCGCCUCUGGUGAUAUUGAUUUGGAUGUAGGACGUUACGGUGUGGUGCGAUCGUAUGGUAAGCGUGAAGUUGAUUUUGUGUUUGAGCCUACUUUAUCUGGUCCGUUUAUGGAGAAAUUGAUUAUCGAGAAUAUCCGGGAUCGUACCAAUGAUCAGGUAUUAUUGCUCAAGGCACAAGUGCGUAAACCAUCGACCUUUUUGAUCAAAUCUUUGGAGAUUUGCUUUGGAAACUGUCUGGUGGAUCAAUCCUGUACGCGUGUGGAAACCAUUAUAUUGACAAACACGAAUAAACAAUCUCGUAUGUUUGAAGUCCGGGUCGAUCCUAACGAAGUCAUCUUUGGUCGUUACUAUGCAGAAUUUGAAUUCGAGGUAAAGGAAGAUGAUACCAAUACCAUCUCCAAAGAAGCCGAGGAAGAAAUCGAAAAUCUGGAACAAAAGCUAAAGAUUGCAAAACGUAAAGCUCAACCCGACAAGGUCAAAAAGUAUAUUCGUAAAUUGGCUAAACUCAAAAACAUUGAAAAUGAAACGGAUGGUUCUGAUUCGGAUUCGGCAAUAGCGGUAGCAACACCCAUACCCAUUUCUUCAGGAAUCAAAGAAAACAAUAUAGUUUUUAAAAAGACGGCCGAAAGUGUUGUAUUUCCUUUGGACCCUCAUGCUUCUCGAACUGUCUGCGUUACUUUUAAACCUAUGUUAAGACCUUUCCAGAACGUCAUUGACGAACCUAUUGCAAAUCAAGAUGGAACAUGUGCUAUUCCUGUAAAGGGACGUAUUUUAGUUCACGAGUAUAAAAAUACGGAUGUUUGCAAGAGUAUCGUUUAUACUGCUGACGUAUAUACCGAUGAAUCCGCUUAUAUUGAAGCCUUAUCUGAGGAAACAGAAGGCGAAAAUACGGGCACAGUGACUUCCGAUGCUGUCAUGACCGUGAUAGAUGCUACCAUUCCCAAAUCAUCUCAAGUCUCAAAAUCACCACCUACAAGCUCCACAGUGCCUGUGACUGAAUCCACAGUAAAUCCAACGGAAGCUACACCCAAACAAGAGAUUCCCGUUGUAAAGGAGACAGUCCCUGAAGAAGAGGCAUUACAACUUGAGCGAAAUUUCUUUGACGGUGGACGUGUUGAGAUUAAUCAGAGCGCGGUAUUUUAUGUCAAGGUGACCAACAACUCUGAUCAGCCUGUUGAGUUUGAUUUGGUGACAUCUGAAUCUCCUAGUGUUUUUGAUUUUGAUGGAUUGGGUGAAACCAAAUGUUUAUUACCGGGCGAAACAAAGAAGGUACCUUACAGUAUCUUACCUACAGAAGCGGGUAAACAUCAAUACACGUUUUCAUUAAAGAACAAGCGUACGGGGUCUUUACAACCUUUUACGAUCCAAUGCUUGGCCCAUUGCAAUCAAUACUUGGAUUUCCCGUCGUUAGUGGAUGAAGAUAAUGGUGUGUUAGAUUUGGGUUUCUCUUAUGUGGAUCCUGGCACCAAGUAUUCUCAAGUGACACCUUUAUUGGUUGAAAACACGUCUGGGCAAGAUGUAUUUAUUACCUGUCAAAGUAAUUUGUCUCAUCAGGUGUUGAUCUUUAUGGAUGAAGCGGGUGAGCGAGGAUUGGUAGAGACCAUGCCUUUGAAACGAGGUGGUAUGACCACUGUGUGGGUAGCGGUACAACCUAAUCUUUUGACGGGUUAUCUUGGUAACUCUGCUGAUGAAUGUCGUGAACUUGUGGGUGGUAUCAAAUUCUCGGUGUAUGAAAAGGAUGAAUCGAAGUUUAUUCAAGAAGGGGAAGAGAUGCUGUUAAUGUUGACCCAAACAGUUAAAUUUACCUCCAUCAUUGGACAAUCGCAUUUGGAAGUGUCGGAUCGUGUGAUUAAUCUAGGCUACACUGACUUACUUCAAAAAGAAUUCUAUGGUGCCUUUACAAUCAAGAAUAAAUCGGGUGAAUUACCUUUGGAUUACGAGGUGGAAUGUGCCAGUGGUAAUAUCGAGCUGGAUCGUCGUGGAGGUACCUUGAAUGGUUGGCGUGGUACGAAAUCACGUAGGGAUUCCGAUAUUAGCUAUUCCGGUGAUAAUAAACGACGCAAGAAUAGCAUGGCAGAUUCUAUCAAUGGUAGUGUCAAUGGUUCUCUCAGCGGAUAUAAUGAUCGUCGCGGAUCCUAUGAAGAUUUAGCUUCAGUGGUGACAGCCUCCCUCACUCAAAUCACGUUCCGUAUUAACGCCUAUCGCUAUGGACUAUUAAAUGAAAAACUUAUUGUGACCAACAAGAGGAAUAGCCAAGAAGUGUUUGUGAUUGAUGUACGAUUAUUUGUGGAUUGUAAGAAAUUGGAUGCAUGGGCUUUACCUUCCAAGAAAUUACUUCGUAGUGCACCUCCUGCUCAUCAUUAUCAACUAGACGAUGAGAAUGAUCAAACCGAUCAUCGUGAAGCAGAUCCUUUACCCAUGAUCAAGUGGGAAAGUAUCUAUAUAUGCCCUUCACCUCAACAUGAUGAAGAGGAAACAGAGUUACAAUUGAUGGAAUUACCCGAGCAAGAUGCUACACGUCUCUAUGUUCGUGAAAUCGAUGUCUCCAACACGUCCGGCCAACCCAUGCAAUUAGUGGCAAUGAGUGAUGUGGAUAUUACCGCUGGAUUUGCUGUAGAUGAAGACAAGAUUAAAAAUAUCAAUGUGGAUCAUACACAAGGACUUUUCACGCAACGCAGUGGUCAACUUGCCCUACAACCAGGUCAACGUAUUCGUGUUCGAUUACAUAGUCCCUCAGCCGAGAAACUGGAUGAAGAGGGUCGAUCGUUAGCUCUCCAAGGCCGUAGUGGAUCUCUCAAGGGUAUGAUGGUACUGUAUGAUGCGCGACAAAGCAUUGAAGUAUUGGCGAUUGAAUUGGAAGCCUUGUUUUGUGUAUCUCGUACUGAAUUGGUAGUGGACCGUAUUGAUCUUGGUAAGAUGGGACAUAGUACGUCGUAUAAACCUGUACGUUUCGAAUUCCAGAUCCGUAAUUUGGCCGAUGUACCCGCCACAUACGAAAUUCAUGCACCUGAUUUCAUUGAUUUCACACCGUUGGAUCGUAAUGGUACCGCAGUGAAACAAAAGUUGUUUUAUAUUCCAUCUCGAAAGACACAAAGUAUUGAAGGUUUACUGAACCCAACAAAGAUGCCCGAUCAAACGUCUGGUUUACAUCGAUUUAACAUUCGUAUUGAUAACUUACGUAAUCAUUCGAAUACGAUGCAAUUACAUUUGAAGGCGUUGAUGACGGUAUUUGAAUUAAGAUUUGAAAGGCUGUCUAGUAAUGGAGAAUUGGUGUUGCCCACAUUACAUCAUCCGAUUGCGUUACAGAACGCACCAUGCGAUAACUGGUUUGUGAUUCAUAAUCGAACAGACGAUGAUCUUCGAUUUGAGAUUGGAGCGGAUAUUACACCUGAAUUGGAGCCGUAUGUGAAUUUGGAUGUGUUGAGUCGAUACACAAACUCGCCGUUGAAGGGGGAUAUUGCGAUCGGGCCUCAGGGUAGUAUCGAAGUACGUGUCCGAGCUUCACCCAACGAAGCAUCCCGAUUACCUAGAAAUCGAUCUGAAUUUACCGACCCUUCUGGUAUUAUUAUGGCUAAACUUUGGGUAACUACGUCGCCGUUGGAAGAAGAAGACGAUGAACGAACGUGUGUAAGAGAAACGAUUGCGGUACGAUGUGUACUUGAUGAAACGCCUACGUUUGCAUUGAGUGAACGACGUCUUGAUUUUAAGUUGGUCACUUAUUAUCAAGAUAAUAGUGAUAAUAAUGGAACGGAUGUGAUGGAUUCAGCCUAUAUGCCAGAAAGUAGACAGUUGACAAUUAUCAAUCAUGCGAUCAAGGUACCACUUCGAUUUAAGGUGACGGUGGAAGGACCUGCGGAAUUUCCUGCGCAUGAGAUUGUAAUGAUUUCCCCAUUGGAUGAAGAUAAUACGGGCACAGUGGAACCUGGAGGUACAUUAACACUUUCUGUCUCUAUAUCGAAUCCUCGUGAAAGUAUGCCAGGUCAAUUAAAGAUUCAUGUGGAUGAUUUAGAUGCGUUAGGAGAAUCUCGGCAAACUGUUUCUAUGUAUGUGACUGAAAUUGUAUGGGAUUUGUAG